GGUUGCCAGUGCUGGGGCUGUUGAUUGUCUUGCAAGGGUGAAGUUACCAGUCAGUUUCUUUGAAUAUGCCUCCACGAUUCCUCUUCCAGCCUUCCUUCAAGGCUUUUACUGGGUCUUCGCAUGUUCAGAGCCCGCUUGCUGCAUUGUCAUUGAAUCCUUCCAGGACAUCUAUUAGAGCGGGAUCCGCAGAGACUAGGGAACGCCGCCGACAUGAUCCGUUUUUGACGGCACAGUCACGUCAACGCAAAGCCGCCAAUCUGUCUCGUCAACAAGCUCUCGCCGAGGAACGCGAAAACUCUCUGGGCGAUCCUGUGGAAAGUGCACCGACACCAUUCAUCCAAGAGCUCAAAACGGUCAAGUCUGGGCCACAAGCCCCUUCAAGCGCAGAUGCCAGGCUCAACUACUUCGUCACUCCCGAGGGACUCCAGGAGGCUUUGGAAUAUUCGAAAACCUUGACAUCUCCCCUCGAGAACCCAGACAGGGACACUGCAGACCCUCAGCUUGAGAAGGAGGCAUCCGAGAGGCAUCUUCAGGAACAUCGCAACGCUCAGGAGGCAAUCAGCCGUAUCGUGAAGAUCAGUAAUGGAAACACGCAAGAUCAGAUGCGCCUACACAUCCAGAACUGCAUUGAAACGUUUGGACGGCACAAUACCGACAAGACCUUGCCGCCAAAACCUGCAGCUGUAUCGCAUCAGUCUGCUACUGAACACCCCGAGAAAACUCCUCGAGUUGGCCAGGAUACCGGUUCCCCGGAAGUCCAGGUUGCGAUCCUUACUGCAAAGAUUCUGAACUUGUCUAGACACUUGCAGACAACCAACAAAGAUAAGCAUAACAAAAGAAACUUGAGGCUCCUCGUGCAUAAGCGACAGAAGUUGCUUCGGUACCUGCGUAGGAAGGAGCGGGGUGGCCCGCGAUGGCAGCACUUGAUCGAAACCUUGGGCCUGUCAGAUGCUGCUUGGAAGGGUGAGAUUAGCAUGUAAGAGCUCGCGAGCGUUUUUAUUGUCAUGUUUUCAUUUGUUCUUUAUUAUAUUAUUAAGUCAACAUUGGCGUGUAACUAUAUGGCAUCCAUACCUUCCCUGUGUGCUGCAAGAGCUCGCUUGUUCGCCUGGUCUUUCUUGAUGUUUCUUUAUCUACAGACUCACCGUGUAUAAGUAUUACAAUUCUACCUUCCAGGAAACUAUUGAAGUGAUUAAGCCAUAUGUCGGGUGUUAUCGUGCAUAAGC